UCCGUCGGCGGCUCGGCGGCUGCUCGGCUCCGCUCGGCUCGUCAGAAGGGAACCAACAGUGCAAGCGUGAAAGACGGGAGAACAUCUAGGUUCGGCAGCGGCGUGUCCAACACCUUACACACACCACCAUCACCAUCUCUCCAUCUAAGUAAAAACAACAAAAACGGCUAUGGCUGACCCGGAAAAGCAGCCCGAGCAGCAACAGCAGCAGCAGCAGCAGCCGCAGCAGCAACAGCAACCCACUCAGCAGAUCCAACAGCAGCCACAGCAACAAGCCAAGGCUACUCAACAGCAGAAAUUGGUCCUCGCUAACAAAGUUAAAGGAACUGUUAAAUGGUUCAACGUAAAAAGUGGCUACGGAUUUAUCAACAGGAAUGACACCAAAGAAGACGUAUUUGUUCAUCAAUCGGCCAUCAUAAAGAACAAUCCGAGGAAAGCCGUGAGAAGCGUCGGCGAUGGGGAGGUCGUCGAAUUCGACGUGGUGAUUGGCGAGAAAGGUAACGAAGCGGCCAACGUGACCGGGCCGGAUGGCGAAGCAGUCAAGGGCUCGCCCUACGCGGCUGACAAGCGCCGCAAUUAUCGUCAAUACUACAAGCGGGGCGGCUCUCGGCCUCUGCGCAGAAAAGGCGAAGGCCCGGAGGACUACGAGUCCGGCGAGGGCGGCAAGACCGGUGACGAGCAGAGUGGCGGCGAAGGCGGCGGCGGCGGAGGAAGCCAACAUCGACGUUACAGGCCUCGACAAAAGUUCGAUGGCUACUACCGGGUUAACAGGCGCUCCGGAAUCGGCGGAACUCAGCAGUCGGACAACGGCAGCGGGACCGAGGCUGCGACCCAGGGCAGCGAGCAGGGGACCGACGGCGAGGGCGGGGGUCCGCGUUCGGGAACCCGGGGCCGGGGCGCUCUGUCGAGGCGAUUCUUUCGGCGACACUACCGAGGCAGUCGCGGAGUCGGAGCCGCCGGUGGCGGACCUACCAGGCGCCCUCGCAGUCAGGAUGGCCAGUCGGAGCAGAAGUCGGAUGCACCUGUAGAAAAGGAUGCACCUGCCGCUGUCCCUGCUCCACAGGAGAGUCAGCCGGCGCAGAAUAACGCAUCCAACACCACCACCGAAGGCACUGCUUAACCAUCGACAGUCGUCGCCAAUAUAAAAU